UGCUUGUGGGAAAAUCGAAACCAUGGACGCUAGAUGUGUUCAAUGCGCCUACAUACAACCACCGCCUAUUUGGGGCGAGGACGAACUGCCAGCCUACUACAAACUCAAUGGAGGACUCUAUUGCCCGGAUUGUUUUCACUCGGAGAAGGCUAAGGCGGUUGCCGAAGAGCAUACUCUUGCCAAGGAAGAAGCUAAGAAGAGAUGGUUGACUGCCUGGCUUGGAUCAAAGGAUGUGCCCAUUGCCAUUGAUUAAAUCCUCGACGUGCUGAAUGGAUUUAAGGGAUGCACGGA